AUGAACGCAGUUGACAACCCUCUCAUAGAAGCGGUUCGAGCUGAGAAUGUUGACCAGGUUCAACAGAACAAGCAUCUAGCAGGAGGAGCAGACUCGAAGGGCAACACUGCCCUUAUUUUGGCAGCAAAGGCGGGUAACACUCAGAUAGCGGAAAUAUUGGCUCCUCUAGAGGCGAGAAGUGUGAAUGCACAAGGUCUCACUGCACUGAUGUGUGCAGCCAAGAAUGGGUCUAAAGAUAUAGUAAGCAUUCUGGCUUCUCGAGAAGGAAAAUUACUGAACAAAAGAGGAAAAACUGCCAUGAUGUAUGCAGCAGAAGCGGGUCACUAUGACGUCGUUCUCGACCUUGUGGAGCUAGAGAAAUGCAUGCAGAACGACGAGGGAAAGACCGCCAUGAUGUACGCUGCGGAGGCAGGACAUGAUGCCGUCGUUGCAACCCUUGUAGAGUACGAAAAACACAUGACGAACAACAAGGGCAAGGCUGCCAUCCACUAUGCAGAGCUUGGCGGCCAUAGUGGCGUCAUGGCCAUCCUUACCGAGGAAGAGGACUUAUUGGGUCAAGGGCGUUUUGCUGCCUCUGUGCUUCAAGACUCCAGCGGUGGAGAGGAUGUUGCGAUCAUACAUCACCUAGCUGCAGAGUCAUCUGGCAUCCUGGGUGCAAGCACAACGUCUGCAUUUUCAUCCAUGACUGAGCGUGAACAGACUGUCCGGCAGAGGGCAUCAAUACGAGACCGAUCACGAACUCAUUCACCAACUUCCGUGUCACGAACGAGGGAUUCGAGCAUUGCGAUUCGGGAUCCUUCACCCAGCAAACGAGGAUCUAUGAACUUAUCUAAAACCUCCUUUACAGACUCAACUGCUGUUUCCUUUAUGACGGAUGCUAUGGUGUCAACGCAGGAGGGACAAUCGUCUGGAAUACCUAUGCCUUACAUCCUUGCCCAACCAAAAGAUAGGAGCCCCCCUCAGCAGGCUGAUCCUAUUACUUCAUUGGAUGAGCAAGUAGAAAAAGUAGAGCAAGCUGACAUAAAGUUGCAGCCCGUAGAUGCCGUGGGCUUGGCUAAAAAAUACACCGAUUCCUCUUGGAAUGCUAAGGUGUCAGCCACUGGGACCCCAUCACUCAAUGAGCCGUAUUCAUGGCAGAAGGAGACAGCCCAAAAGUAUCUUUCUCCACUCAGCUCAGAAGCCACUCCGAAGAAAAGUGAUGCAACUGCAGAGAAACCCGUGACAUACAUUAUUGACGACCCACGCAUAGCUUCCAGCCCAAUAUCUAAUGUCUUUAUUAAGCACACACCAGUCGCAGGAACACUGCCCCGUCCACUGGUUUAUAAAAAUGUUGCACAGCCCCGCUCAGAGAUGCAAGGCAGCAUACCUGCCCCACCAGCUGAUGACGCACCGUCUUUGACGAGCAUAUCCGUAGAAGACAAUGUGACUGCAGAUGGAAGGUCAAUGCUCAGCCACGCAUACUCACAGGCAGAUACAAAUACACGCGAAGAGAUACGCAAAGUUAAUGCAGAUAUCCACGACCUUAUCAAGGAGCUAACCGUGCUUUCUGACCAGAUUCGGAUUAAGGAGAAGGAGUGCGAAGUGUACCGAGCGCAGCUAAGCCGUGCCGAUACAACUAGACAAAUAUACAGCGACUCAUAUCAAUUACAGGGUACUGCAGCAACACACACAAAGCAAAGUGCAGAAGCUAGGAUUCUAGAGCUGCACUCUCUUGAAGAGCAAAUUGAUGACAAGCAGCGAGAAAUAGAUGCAAUGAACUUGGAGAUACGUGGCCUAGAGGAGCUUAACUAUGCGCUAGAACGCCGUGUAAUCCUUAAGGAAAAUGAACUGAGCGCCAUGAGAACAAAGACCAAGUUACUCGACGAGCACGCAGCCCAGGCAUCGCAGGACAGUAUUGACGAGGCAGUAAGGAACAAGACAAGCACUAUGCUCAUAGCACAGGUAAGAGGUCAGCGACAGGAAAUAUCCCAGCUCCAAGCAAAACUCCAGGCAUGCGAACAAGAGCACAGAGAACUUCAAAUACGCUGCACAGCAAGCCAGCAAACUGCAGAUGAGCUCAUGAAGCUCAUGAAGCAGCUUAAUGCCAACGCUUCUAAACCUAAGGGUCCUGUGUUGCCUCCGCCGGGGGUCCCCGUAGCAAUCGCCAUUCCAUGCUGCCACAUGAUUAUUGACCCUAAGAGGUCUGUUAAGCUGGCCAGCAAUCCUGUUUGUCCCAAGUGUAACAAGGUAACUUUAGAGCUUUUAUUUGUAGAAGACUCGUAG